AUGAACAACAACACAGAAGUGAGUGAAUUCAUCCUCCUGGGAUUAACCAAAGCUCCGGGGUUUCACAUUUUUCUCUUUAUGAUGUUCACAUUCAUCUAUAUCACCACUUUGGUUGGGAACCUUGCAAUGAUCCUUCUCAUUUUGCUAGAUGAUCAUCUCCAUACCCCCAUGUACUUCUUCCUCAGUAAUCUGUCCUUGGUAGACUUUGGUUCUUCCUCAACAGUCACGCCAAAGGUCAUCACUGGACUCCUUACAGGAAACAAUGCAAUUUCCUACAAUGCCUGUGCUGUUCAGAUGUUCUUCUUUGUGUUCUUUGCCACAGUUGAUAGCUACAUUUUAGCUUCAAUGGCCUAUGAUCGUUAUGCUGCAGUGUGUAAACCCUUACAUUAUACUACCACUAUGACAAAGCGUGUAUGUACUUGCCUAGCUGUUGGCUCCUAUACCUUUGGCAUUUUGAAUGCUUCUAUACAAACCGGAGACACAUUCUCCCUCCAUUUUUGUGUAUACAAUGUGAUUAAUCACUUUUUCUGUGAUAUUCCAGCAGUGAGGGUUCUAGGUUGCUCUGAUAAACGCAUGAAUGAGAUGAUUCUUAUUCUUAUGUCUAGCUUUCACAUCAUGUUUGCUUUUCUUGUUAUCUUGAUUUCCUACCUACUCAUAUUUGUGAAUAUUUUGAAGAUGCAGUCAGGUGAUGGAUACCAGAAGGCUUUUUCUACAUGUGCUUCUCACCUCAUUGCAGUUUUCACAUUUUAUGGGACUGUCACCAUAAUGUACUUAAAGCCAAGUUCCAGCCAUUCCAUGGACACAGAUAAAUUUGUCUCUGUGUUUUAUACUAUGGUUAUUCCCAUGCUGAAUCCUGUGGUCUACAGCCUGAGGAACAAAGAAGUUAAAAAUGCAGUUAAGAGAGUUGUUCAAAGGUCAAAGCUAUGUUUAGGUUUAGUACCUUACUGA